CAUUGUAUAUUCUAUUGUUAGUUAUAUUAUCUCCACCUAAUGGUACUGUCUCAAUAUGUCAAGGAGAAGUAUUAACAAUAACAUGUACUGUGACUGGAUCUCAAAUACUAGUGUGGACAUAUAAUGGUGGAGCAAGUACUAGCUUCACUAUUGGAGCUACUCUUCCACAGCAUAUUCCACCGUUCAGUUUCAUAUUACUAUCUCAUGGUAACGGUACACUGGUGUCAGUUGCAACUGUUAAUGUGUCUGCUUCAUUAAAUGAGAGUGUCAUUGAGUGUAGGAAUACAAUAACCAUCACAGGCUCCAGUAUAAGACAACAAAUCACCUUUAAUGUUAAACAUUCAUUACCUAUCAGUUAUCUUCAUGUUGAUGCUGUAUCUUCAGAUACAUUAUUAAUAAUUUGGACUGGAGCUGAUUGUAUACAAUCAUAUGAUGUAUUCAUUAAUGGAACUAAUGUUAAUACUACCAAUGGAAUGAGUCUAUUGUAUAAUACUGGAGGAGCUAUUGGCAGUAUUGAUGUAUUGGUUAAUAGUGUUGAUUAUUAUGGGAGAGCAGUGGGUAAUUUAACAACUCAAUAUCAAUUUAACAAGUACAACUUUGAAGUUGAGGCUAUUAUUAGCAAAUAUAUAAUACUGGUUAUAAUUAAGGAUAAGUUCAUUAUUCAACAGCCUGCUCCAUUGUCCUGUGAAUUGACUGUGACUGACUUAACUCAGUCAUCAAUGGACUGUCUCUCUAAAAGAUUGUUUAUAUUCACUAAUGUCACUGAAGGAGAUGUGUAUAAUUAUACUGUUACUAUUACUAAUGUCAUUGGAUCAUCUGUUAAGAAUGGUUCCAUAGCAACUCCUUAUUCGCCAGUUGAAGUGCGUCCUUCAGAAGUUCAGUAUUCACCUUCAGCAAUGAUAAUGACGAGUCCUUCAUCAGUUAUGGAGUCAAACACACCAGCUAGUUCCAGUAGUCGCAAUUACGUUCCUCCUUGGACAGUUGGUGUAUUAAUUGGGGCAGUUGCAAUUUUAUCUAGUCUUUAAUGUCAAAUAAAUAAAGAAGAGUUACUAAUUAAAUUUGUGCUCUUAUUUUGAGGUGGCCAUUUAUAGACUGUAUAUAUAUGUAAACGUACAAUGUACAUUUUUAUUCAUUAUGACAUCUAAUAUAUUAUUUUUCUUGAUUUAUGAGGUACACUUACAUUUUAUUGUCACAAAAUCUAUAUCAAACUAAACCACACUACAGUAUCAAACAAAA